AUGGCUACAACACCACCUCCAGACGAGCCAGCGAGCGCAGCAGAGGAGACCACUGCACAGGGUCAAACCGCCAUGUUACCCCGUCGACCACAAGAGCAACAACAGAAAGACAUCUUCCAGGCCCAAGAAGCCAAUGAUACAUCGCGCGCCUUGCAGCGACAGCCCCGGCGACAGCGACGUCAACAGCAACAGCAAGAACAAGUCACUUCCGCCUCCGAUACCGAAACCUCAGUCGACGAAUCGAUCGGCGGCGCGCGCGAGGAGCAGCAGCAACAACAACAACAAGCCACGACGACGCUGCGAGGAGGCCUAAGCGACCGCGAUACCAGUGCCGUGGAUAUUCCUCACGAGAUGGAAGGAAGUACCCACAGCUCUCAGGAACAGAGGCAGAGCAUGCGGUCCGGCUCAGGUGGAGCCGAGGCCGGGGGAUCCAAGACUUCUCCGCGUUCGUCAAUGCUGGCCCGGGGUAAGACGGCGGCAGAUCGGCUGGGCCGUUUCACCCAGGGCGUAAGAUCGAUGGGCCACUGGUCUUCUUCGGAUGCGGCGCAAAAAGCCCAAAGUAAGCUCGGCGGGGGCGCCCAGCAAGCCAAGGGCAUGGUACCUGCUCAAGAAGACACCGCUGGCUCCGGCCUGGAAGAUGUCCAAGGUAGCGUGCUCAGCCUAGCAAGUCUAGAGGGGCUCAGUGUCGAGGAAGGGGGCAUGAUAAUGAGCUCGGCGGGGCAGCCGAUUGGGGAGGUGGUCGAGGGAGAUCCCGACGACCUUGUCGGCCAGACCGUCGGCAAAAACGGAGAAAUCCUGGAUGAAGAUGGGGAUCUAAUCGGACGUGUUCAACUCCUGGAGAAGGAGGCAGAACCAGCCCUUCCAGAUAUGCCCACUUCCGAAGAGGGGGUCUCUCAAGAUCAGGUGGGACAAGAACAAGCCCAGGAAGGGAUUAAGAUGGAGGACGCCACUGCUCCAACCGAGCCCGAUCAACCUGUGGAAGAGCCACAGGCAAGCGACGCAGAUCAGUCUUUGGAAGAGCCCCCAGCAAGCGAAGCGGACCAGACCCUACAGGAGCAACAGCCCGGCGAAGAAGAAGAAAUCGCCGGCGAAGGGCUUGCAGUCCCAGAGUCUGCGCAGGACAAGGAGGGUAAAGAGGGAGCGGAAGAGGAACUAACAGGAGAUAAAGAAGUGGGGGCAGGAGUGGAAGAGGGAGUCGGAGAAGGAGUCGGAGAGGAAGGAGUCGGAGAAGGCAUAGGAGAAGAAGGGGUGGGAGAAGAAGAAGCACGGAAGGAAGGUGAAGAAGAAGGGGAGGAGGGAGAAGAAGAAGCUCCAAAGCUACCCGACAUCUCCACCCUCGAAGGGCUCACCUGCACCAAGUUUGGAGGCAUCCUGAUCGAGGGUGAUGCCAAGAAGAUCUUCCGUGGAAAGUAUCAGCUUGAUGAUCAAGGCCAGUUCUGGGACCAGCGCGGGAAGGUUGUGGGCAAGGCGAGGCCUCUCCCGGUCGAGGAAGACGAGCUUGGUCCGUUCGCCGACCUGGGUGAUCUGCAUGUAGCCGAGGAAGGGUGGGUCGUGAAUGAAGAGGGCCGGCGGGUAGGCCAGGUCGUCGAAGGGGACGCGCGGAAACUUCGCGGGCGUGCAGUCGACGAGGAUGGCGAUAUUCUGGAUCGGCGAGGAAAUCCAUUGGGCCGUGCAGAGCCGUGGGAAGAGCCAUCAGAAGCCGAGGCCGAGGAGCCAGAGGAGCCAGAGGAAGAAGGAGAGGAUCUGUCGAUCUUAGCCGGUAAAAAGGUGAAUAAGCUAGGCAACGUUGUCGACGAUGCCGGUGUGGUGUAUGGAAGGCUGGUAGCCGGGAAUCCACGCAAGCUGGCUGGCAAGUCAGUGGAUGAAGAAGGUCAAGUGUGGGACUCGGCAGGCCGCGUAGUCGGCCAGGCAGAGCUGCUCCCAGCUGAAGAACGAGACCGGCCUGAGGGACCCUUCUCCGGCCUCGAAGGCUUGGUGGUGGGCAAGGAUGGGUUGGUGAUCGAUGAGAACGGUGACACUGUCGGGCGCUUGGUGAGCGGUGAUCCUCAGCGUCUUCGUGGACGUGCUGUCGAUGAAGACGGUGAGAUCCUCGAUAAAUCGGGCAAUGCAGUCGGUCAGGCUGAACCGUGGAGCCCUGAAGAGCCAACUCGCAAUGUCAGCCCCAUGGCUGGUCGGAAAGUGAACCGCGAUGGCGAGGUCCGUGAUGAGGAUGGCAAUGUGAUCGGCAAGCUGACCCAAGGCGAACUCUCCAACCUGAUCGGUCGGACUGUCGAUGAAAAUGGCUAUGUGGUUGACAAUGAUGGCAACAAGAUCGGUGAAUGCACCCUCUUGGAGAACAUUCCCCCUGAGCCGGAGCCGGAGCCGGAGUCUGAGCCUGAGCUGGAGCCGGAGCUGUCUCCCGAAGAACGUGAAAAACAGGCCCGUGAAGAAAGGGAUAGAGAGCUGGCAAAGAAGAUGGCUUCCAUUGUACAGCAGACGCUGGACUCGAUUGAGCCCUUGUGCAAACAGAUCACUCAGCAUAUUGAGCGAGCCAAUAGCACCCCCAAAGAGGAGCUAGACGAAGAGCAGCUUGUGAAGCAGGUCAAGCCGUUGAUUGAAGAGGCCGGCAAUGGCUUGCAGGAGUGCAAAGGUGCUCUUCGAGCCUUGGACCCCGAUGGUCAGAUUGCUGCUCAAGCCAAAGCACGCAGUGCAUCGGCAGAAGCUAGCCCCGAGGAGCACCAUUUGGCUGAGGUGCUCAAAGAGCUGACUCGGGUGGUGGGAGAAACGAUCGAGAGAGGAAAGGCUCUGAUCGCCGACAUGCCCCAUGCUAAGAAGAAGAUCAAUCCGCUGUGGACUUUGUUGUCCGAGCCCCUGGUUCAGAUCAUCGCCGCGGUGGGCCUCCUGCUGAGUGGUGUGCUCGGUCUAGUUGGUAAACUACUCAACGGACUCGGAUUGGGGAAUCUCCUCUCGGGUUUGCUGGGAGGCUUGGGGGUCGACAAGCUGUUGGAAGGGCUGGGCUUGGGGAAAAUAACAGAGGGGCUGGGGCUUGGUGGUAAGAAGUGA